AUGGCUACACAACUCCAAUCGGCGCUGCGAAGCGCCGCUGGCGCUACUCCGGAAACUCUGGCCGAGCUCGCGAAGCGCAUCAAUAUACCGCUUGCGCCAAACAGCCCACCCGGCUUGGUACAGGCCCUCACGGUAGAUCCGUGGUCGCAGUCUGGCAAGUAUGGGUUGGGGUGGACAUAUUUCGCGCUUGCCAUUGGGGGGCUAGCCGUGUUUAUGAGGAUAUGGCAUUACUGGCAGGACAAGAUCCGGCAAGCCAUCUACAAGCAGGAGAUGGAGCAACAUUUUCAGAACUUGUACUCGAUGGAUCCCGGGUGGGAUAGGUCGGCUGCUCUCGCAACAGGCGUGACGGCCUCGGAAUCAGGGCGGCAUUUCUUCCCGGAAGAGCCGCAAGUUGAAGAGAAGAAGUUCAAACCGAAAGCGCAUUUCUCGUCUGUCGGCUUCUUCAACGAUACCCUGGCUCUGUUCAGAUGGGUCUUUUACCGCCCAAUCCCGGAUAUCGUGUUCGGGAAACACCGGUUCACCUUCAGCUCCCUCGCCGUGCUGGGCUGUGCCUUCAUCUCCGUCGCGUUUGUGACCAUAUUCUGCUUUCUGCAGCAGCCCCUCUACUGGCAGAGCAUCCGGUUCGGCUCCCCCCCGCUCGCCAUUCGGUCCGGCAUGAUUGCCGUCGCCAUGACGCCUUGGAUCAUCGCCACGAGCACCAAAACAAACAUCCUUACCAUCAUCACUGGCAUCGGCCCCGAGCGCCUCAACGUCUUCCACCGCUGGCUGGGAUAUCUCUGCCUGUUCAUGUCGCUGGUUCACAUGAUCCCCUUCUAUAUCCAGCCGGUCUGGGAAGACGGUGGAAUGCGGGUCUUCGACACCCUUUUCCCUCCUGGGAGCGGGAUCAUCUAUGGUUCCGGUAUUGCCUGCAUCGUCCCACUCUGCUGGCUCUGUGUGGGCUCGCUGCCCAUCAUUCGCAGGACAGCGUACGAGAUCUUCUCGUUGCUGCACGCCCCCGUCGGCUAUAUCUACGUCGCGGUCCUCUUUUGGCACACCAAGAAUUUCCUCAUGUCGUGGGGCUACCUUAUCGCGUCGGCCGCCAUCAUCGUCGUCUGCAAUAUCCUCCGCCUCUUCAAGUUGAACUGGGCGAGGCCGUGGCGCAUGGCGUGGCUUGUGGGAGAUGAGGCCGCCAUCAACAUCAUGACGGAGAACGCCAUCAAAAUCACCAUCCCGACACAGAUGCGGUGGAAGCCUGGUCAAUACGUUUACCUCCGCAUGCCGGGUAUCUCUGUAUUGGAGAACCACCCAUUUACUAUUUCCUCCCUCUGCAGCGAGGACUUUCCGUCCGAGUACGGUGAGGAAUUCCGAGACUGCGUGCUCGUCUUCCGCCCGUACGGCGGCUUUACGCGCAAGGUGCUCGACACCGCCAUCAGCAAGGGGCCUUUCCACACCUACCGCGCCUUCCUCGACGGUCCUUAUGGUGGAAUGCGCCGCGAGUUAGCGGCGUUUGAUACCUGCAUCCUGAUCGCCGGUGGGAGCGGUAUCACGUCCCUGAUGUCGCAACUCUUGAACCUGAUCAAACGAAUGCGCGACGGGAAAGCUAUCACCAAGAAGAUUGUGGUGGUAUGGUCGCUCAAGCGGCUGGAAGCCAUGGACUGGUUCCGCGAGGAGCUUCGGAUUUGCCGCGAGGCCGCGCCGCCAGAGAGUGUUACCUGCAAGUUUUUCGUCACUGCGUCAGUUCGACAGAAGGCCAAUGCAACCGCUCUUCACAGCCGCGCGCCUAGGCCUCUGAGCAACAUGUUCCAUGACAAGCUCGACGGUUUCGUCGCAGGCAUUGCGAGUAAGCGCAACAGCGCCCUUAUCACGUCUGAGGCUCAGGGGGAUCCGGAGAGAGAGCGCGAACUGCGGCGCGAGGAUGAAGACCGCAUUACGGCUUUGCCACAACAAAAAUACCUCCAACCCCACAGCUUCCCCCCACCACCGCCCGGCCCGCCUCCUAACAUGAGCGGGCUGUCCCCAGCGGAAGAGACGCUGCGCAGGCUUGAGGGCCGCGACAGCGAGGGGAAGAGCCUCGAGCCGCCCGCCUCGGAGGGACAUUCCGGCGCCAGCAACCAACACAAGAAGAACGACGGGGAAUUCCACUUCCCGCCACUAAAAGCGGCCCGCAGCGACGGCGCCCCUUACUUUAAUUACGCCCCGCCAGCAGGGAGACAGCGCUACAGCCAGAUCCUCGCCGAGGCAGACCCUCGCCUCAGCCAAGCGGGCGGCAGCGAGGCCCCGGGCGAUACCAAACAACAUUACCAAGGCGCUGCCGAAGGGAGCGGCGGCGGCUCGGCACCAGUCCACCCGCCUGAACUCGCGCACCUACGCACCGACGUGGGCGGGUUCUCACGAGCGCGGCCGACGAGCACCAUCGGCCCGCCUUCGGGGUUCGAUUUCGGGUUCCCCGAGACGCCGACCGAGUUCCAGCGGUCGUUGAUGCGGUUCGCGUUCCCGAUCCCGCACGAGAUCGACGGCGGGUGGAGCGUCGAGUAUGGGCGGCCAGACCUAGGCUACAUGCUCAAGGAGUGGGCUACGGGCGGGCCCGACGGGCGGGGGAUCCUUGGGCGCCGGACGGCCGUGUUCGUGUGCGGCCCUCCGUCGAUGCGCGUCGGCGUCGCGAAUACGGUCGCCCGGCUGCAGGCGGAAAUUUGGGGGGAUGAUAUGCUUGAGGAGAUCUUUUUGCAUACCGAGAAUUAUGCUUUGUGA